AUUCGCAAGUUGCAAAUAAUUGGUGUAAUUUAUUGUAAACAUACAAUUUAUUUAGCGUGCAGCGUAGCAACGAUAUGACCGAUGCUCUAGAGUACAACGACAUAAGCGCAGAAGUGCGCGGCGUUUUGUCUGCCGGCCGUCUGAAGCUUACUGAGCAGCACAUCGUCUUUAAGAAUAAUAAGACCGGCAAAGUGGAGCAGAUUGCUGCCGAGGAUAUUGAUUUGAUCAAUUCGCAGAAGUUUGUAGGUACAUGGGGUCUGCGAGUCUUCACAAAAGGCGGCGCUUUGCAUCGUUUUACAGGAUUUCGGGACAGUGAGCACGAGAAGCUGAGCAAGUUUAUUAAGGACGCAUAUGCGCAGGAUAUGGUGGAGAAGGAGAUGUGUGUCAAAGGCUGGAACUGGGGCACAGCACGUUUCAUGGGCUCAGUGCUGAGCUUCGAUAAGGAUACGAAAACGAUCUUUGAAGUGCCCCUCUCGCAUGUAUCGCAGUGCGUCACUGGCAAGAAUGAAGUGACAUUGGAAUUUCAUCAGAACGAUGACGCACCCGUGGGCUUACUUGAAAUGCGCUUUCAUAUACCAGCUGUGGAGUCAGCUGACGAUGAUCCUGUAGAGAAAUUCCAUCAGAAUGUGAUGAAUAAGGCAUCGGUUAUAUCGGCUUCGGGCGAAUCUAUUGCCAUCUUCCGAGAGAUUCAGAUAUUGACACCGCGUGGUCGCUACGACAUCAAAGUCUUCUCCACAUUCUUUCAAUUGCACGGCAAGACAUUUGAUUAUAAAAUUCCAAUGGAUUCCGUGUUGCGUCUAUUCAUGUUACCGCACAAGGACAGUCGACAAAUGUUCUUCGUGUUGUCCUUGGAUCCGCCCAUCAAGCAGGGCCAGACGCGCUAUCACUAUCUGGUGCUGCUCUUUGCGCCCGACGAGGAGACCACCAUUGAGCUGCCCUUUACUGAGGAGGAAUUGCGUGACAAAUAUGAAGGCAAAUUGGAGAAGGAGCUGUCUGGUCCAGUAUACGAAGUCAUGGGCAAGGUGAUGAAGGUGCUGAUCGGUCGCAAAAUAACCGGGCCGGGCAAUUUUAUUGGACACUCUGGCACUGCUGCCGUUGGCUGCUCGUUCAAAGCUGCUGCCGGUUAUCUGUAUCCUUUGGAGCGAGGCUUCAUCUACAUACACAAGCCGCCAUUGCACAUACGUUUCGAGGAGAUUACCUCCGUGAAUUUUGCCCGCAGUGGCGGCUCAACGCGCUCUUUUGACUUCGAGGUGACCCUUAAAAACGGCACUGUGCACAUUUUCUCGUCCAUUGAGAAGGAAGAAUACGCUAAACUGUUCGAUUAUAUUACUCAAAAGAAACUGCAUGUGAGCAACAUGGGCAAGGAUAAGAGUGGCUACAAGGACGUUGAUUUUGGCGAUUCAGAUAAUGAGAACGAACCCGAUGCUUAUCUGGCACGUCUGAAGGCUGAGGCGCGUGAAAAGGAGGAGGACGACGAUGAUGAUGAUGGCUCCGAUGAAGAAUCCACAGACGAGGACUUCAAACCCAACGAGAACGAAUCCGAUGUGGCCGAAGAAUACGACAGCAAUGUGCAGGAUGAUUCGGACGACGAUAGCGAUGCCAGUGGAGGCGGCGGCGAUAGUGAUGCGCCGGCUAAAAAGAAGGAGAGGGAAAAGAAACGCGAGAAGAAGGAGAAAAAAGAAAGGAAAAGAGAUACUGAGCGCACUAAAAAAACCACCAAGAAGAAGGAUUCAAAUAAACCGAAGCGCGCCACAACUGCGUUCAUGCUGUGGCUCAACGAUACUCGUGAUAAAAUAAAGCAAGAUAAUCCCGGCAUUAAGCCGACUGAGAUUGCCAAAAGGGGUGGCGAGAUGUGGAAGGAGCUGAAGGACAAAUCGAAAUGGGAGGAGGCUGCUGCCAAGGACAAGCAACGCUAUCAGGAUGAGAUGCGCAAUUACAAGCCCGGUGCGGGCACCGAUGAUGAAAACGAAUCAUCCAACAAGGUCAGCAACAAAGCGAGCAAAAAACGCAAAUCUGAUCCAUCACCCGCCAAAAAGGCCAACACAUCCGGCAGUAAUUUCAAGAGCAAGGAAUACAUAUCCGAUGAUGAUUCAAGCAGCUCCGAUGAUAAGGCCAAGAAGGGAGGCGAGCCGGAGAAAAAGAAAACCAAACCUUCCAAUGCUGAAUCGAAAAAGAAGAAGGCGGCCAGUGAGAGCGAAGAUGAUGACGAGGAGGAGGAAGAUGCCAGCGAAGACCAGACCAACGAAAGCGACGCCAGUGAUUAGGGCCAGCGGCUUAAUUAAGCAUUUCCAUUAUAUAAUUUGUAUUCGCUUUCCCCCCAUUACUAAUUUAAGCAUUUAGCUCUAAGAAACACAUUAAACUGUUAUAUAUACAUACAUACAUA